AUGUUAAUCAACGACACACAUUCCUUAUCAUCUAACAUCGAACAUCUAUCAUCUUGCAUCUUUCACCUAAUAUAUAGGCGGCACUGUAAGUCAAAACGCACUGGUCAAAAACAUCAUGACCAGAAACUUCCACCAACCGCACUGGUCAAAAACAUCAUUACCAGAAACUUCCACUUGCUGCGAGAUGACCCAGACACUAGAGACAUUUACCAACCAGUACGAGUUUUGUGUGCGUAUCGUCGCGAUACCAACCUGGGUAACUCCUUGGUGAGGAGUCAUCUGAACGACACAACUACUUCUGUCGAAGAUCGUGGUACGUUUCCAUGUAGUCGGUCCCGGUGCAACACCUGCGCCCACACCAAUGCUUCACCUACGAUCAACACCCCUGGGGGACAUAUCACCAUCAAUUCCAAGUACACCUGUACAAGCUUCAGCGUGGUAUACCUUAUCAAACGCCGUACCUGCAACAAAGUAUACAUCGGAGAGACAGGAAGACGCCUGGGAGAUCGAUUCAGAGAACAUUUACGUUCGACACGACAAACCAACGUCGAUCUUCCCGUUGGUCGACAUUUUGCAUCACCGGAACAUGCCUCUACUGAUAUGCUAGUGUCCGUAAUCCGCUCUGGCUUCCGAGAUACCCAGGAUAGGCGCCGCUUCGAAGCCGAGAUGAUUUUCAAACGCAAAACGUUGCAUCCGGGAGGACUUUAUACUGACUUUGCCUUCCUAUAAACUCCCAAAAUCUACGCGCGCUAGUAACAUCGAAAUUAUGUUUGUUUUGAAUGUUUACACGCGCGCUCUUUUUAGUCAGCACGCGCUAAUAACUUCAAAUUCAAAUUUUUCGUUAUGUCACGCGCACAGUUGACAGUUGCUCUUUAUCCACUGAUGAAGAGGCAGCAGCCUCGAAAUGUAUGGAUGUUUACGUACUUUUCGCGCAAUAAUGAAUGUUUACUAAGUUUCUUUAUCUGUAGUCGGCACUGCUCACUGAGCAUGCGUUUAGGACAAAUUGAUUUUGUUCUAAAGAGAAUAGUACCACUAGAAGAACAAGAGGUUUCCUAAACCAAAUAUAUAGCUUUGCGAUGUUAUGAAUAAAGUAGGUGAUACACGUUUUUACGUAGUGCACACGGGCACCUACCCCUCCACAACCACUUCCUUGCCUUAAGACUAAUUAUUUAAUCAAUUAAUUGAUAUUAAUAGAUAUGAUUAAUUAAUUAAACAAACAUUAAAGUUUAUGCCUUAUUGCCUUAUGCCUUCAUUUUAUCGACAGCCCCCAAACCACCCCAAUAAUGCACUCUGCACUAAAAAGCAGUAGUUUUCAUUAAAACUCACGUUUGAAAGGUGAAAAUCGAUUAAAAGAACUCAAGUAAAUAUAGAGGUGUUUUCGGUCUCACUUCAUGAGAUUGCUCCGAAAGCUUCCGAAAAGUCACAGACUCUCUUACUUACACACCCGAUGACAUAGUGGUUACUGGCUUAAGCCAGUAAUCCCAGAACAAGCCAGUAAACAGAACAACGCAGCAAUCAGUGCCUUUUUUUUCCUCCAUAACUAGAAUUUUUUAACAUCCCUAAUAAAAGGAUAUAUAACUUUUUCACAAACAUGUCAUAAGAUCAGUAACCACAGAGUAAUAAAAAAGCCUUACAGUUUCCCUGUAUCAGCAAUUCUCAACGCGGUUUAAUUCGGGUGUCUGGAAAACCCGAAUAGCGAAUAGUCGCGAAUAGCAAACAGCGAAUA